AUGUCUCGUUCUAGCAGUAAUGUUACUCUAGAUCCUUCUAAGCUAGAAGAUAUAUCCUUGCCUGGUCAACGUUUCUUUGGGCUCUUUGGGCAUAUACCGGAAAUGGAUGCAAGCUUUCCUUUCCAGUCGAUUUGGAAAAUGGCCGAUCAAUACGGACCAAUUUUCAAAUUGAAGCUUGGGGACGAUAUGGUGUAUCCUACCGAGACAAACUGGGGGAAAGCCCAUCGUCUAUUGGUUCCGGCUUUCGGGCUUCUCGGAGUCCGAAAAAUGUUCGACGAUAUGCUUGAUAUCUCCUCAGAAAUGGUCCUUAAGUGGGACAGACUUGGUGCCCAGAAUGAGAUUGACAUGGCCGACGAUCUGACCAGGCUGGCGUUCGAUACCAUCGGUCUAUGUGCUUUCAGUUUCAGAUUCAACGAGUUCUAUGGUGAGCAGGUGCAUCCAUUCGCAGGACAGAUGGCCCGAGUUUUGCUAGCCUCUGGAAAACGGGCUUUCAGGCCUGGGUUGGUCAACCAAGUGUUAACUUGGAGCGAGAAUGAGCGCCAAGAAGACAUCUCCAAGAUGCAUGCUGUAGCGGAUGAAAUCGUUAGGGAUCGGGAAGCGCACCCGCAGCCCGACAACAAAGAUCUACUAAACACGAUGCUGUCGACAGCUGACCGAGAAACUGGCGAAAAGCUCUCGGAUGAAAACAUUCGGUUUAACCUGGUGACGUUCCUUGUUGCCGGCCACGAGACAACCAGUGGUACACUGUGCUUCCUCUAUUAUAACCUACUCAGGAAUCCUGAGACAUUUAUCAAAGCACAGCAAGAAGUCGACAGAGUCGUGGGGGACUCGGUCCUAACGCUUGAACACCUGCCCAGUUUGACCUAUCUCGAUGCAUGCAUCAAGGAAACUUUGCGUCUUUCCAGCCCAAUCCCCACGCUCGUGGUCAAGCCAAAGCAAGACACAUCGCUAGGCGGACGGUACAAAGUUUCGUCCAACACAUGGGUUCAGUGCAACAUGCGCGGAUUGCAUACAGACCCUGCCGUCUGGGGCGAGGAUGCAAAUGUGUUCCGGCUCGAGCGUAUGCUCAACGGCGCAUUCGCAUCUCUACCUCCUAACUCGUAG